UUAUAUAUAGGGGAAUAAAAUUUGUAAUAUUUUUUACGAUUACACGAGAUUUUGAAACAUUCUCUCGCUGGGAAUAAUGUUUUUAAACAAAAUAUUCUUACAUAACAUUAACGAUUAAUCGAUAUUUAUCAAUGGCAUCUCUCGCUAUAACAGAUAACAUUAAUGUGAUUUCAAGACCGAAAGUUAGAUUUUGUCAAUUUUCCGACAAUACGCGAAACAAGAUAGAGAUUGUUGAAGAUUCUAAACAACAAUCUGGCCUACAAACAAGUGGUCUAAGAAUCAAGAAAAUAGUGACUCUUAAGAAACCCAUUAGAGUUGUAAAUCCUAAAAAAUUUGCAAAUAUUUGUGACAAAGAUACAUCUUCAAGUAAUAUUGACAUUUUGUCACAUUAUUGUAAUACAUCUGGCAAUGUUCGAAAUAUGUCUUUGUCCAAUAAAAAUAUGUCAAGAAUCAAGAGUACAAUUCUGUGUGAUGCAAAUGGUAUUCAGAAAACAAAGAAUAGUAGUAAAAUGUUGCAACGACAGAACAAGAGUUCACAAGAUGACAUUUUAAAAGACAACGCAAAGAAUGUACGACAGAACGGAAAAGAAAAUAAAGAUAAACUAUCGAAUAAGUCUGCAUCUAAUAAAAAUAAAAUAAGCGAUACAACAGGAAACUUUCAUCAUAGUGUACAAUCAGUUACUCGAGAGAAAUUUAAACUUCCUAUGGAUAAUAUUCAUAUACCAAAAGUAAAUAUUCAAGAUUUUAAAACAUCAAAAAUGACAAAGCCGCACUCUGCAUCAAGCAUUAUUAAAAAAACAAGAAAUUCAAUGAUCGAAGGGAGAAUUCUUAAUGCAAAACCAGUUUCGCAUUACAAAACUAUGACAAGAAAUAGAAUAUCUCCAGUCCAAAAAAUUAUAUCACGUAACGUGUCAGGUCCUAAAAUCAAAACAUCUGUGGGAUCAGUUUUUCGCAAGGAACAAGCUGAUCCAAAAUCAGGUGAUACAAAUGAAAGAUGUAUCGUUGCAUUAGAUGUUACUACGGUACAAGAUUUAGCUCAACCAGAAUAUAAUUCUAUCAUAUGUACUGUUAAUAAGCUGAAAGAACUUGAACGGCAGAAAAUUGUAGACAUCAAUCAUUUGCCAUUUGAGCUGAAGAGUUUUCUAAAUGGAAAGAUUUCUGCAGCACUUGAUUUUCCGUUGGAUGAGACACUUUAUAAAAAUUUGAUAGAUUUGAGUAUAGAUGAAAAACAAUUGCCAUCCACCAUUACACGAAGUAAGGAUCCAGAACCACGGCAAAAAGAUAUAAUACCACAACUUUCUCACUUCUUCAUACCCGAAGAUAUAAAGGAAAUUUGUGAGGCUGUACAUGUUAAGCUUCGAGCAUCAAAGAUUGAUGAUAAUUGGAACGCCUUUAAAAUUAGCAACAGAAUACUCGAUUGGAAAUACAGUGUAGAUGACAUAGAUUAACGUUUAUUUUUCUCCUAUAUAAUUUUGUUCAAUGAAAUUGUUUAAAUUUUAAACUGUAUAAUAUCUACAGCGUAAGUAAAAAAUUACAAAAAAAAUAUCAACUGACAAUACAAUUAAUAAGAAUACACAGAAUAUAAAGGCAAUUUAUUCAAUAUA